CAGAGCAGAGCGGAAACUUUGCGUAGCCCUUCCUUCUCCAUGCUUUGACCACCCCAAAGGCCACUCCGGAGACCAUGCUGUGGCUGCUCUGGCCCGGCCUGGCCCUGCUCUCAUCCUCCGCCGCCCAGGAGAAGACCCCGGGGCCUGCCUCGCGCUUCCUCUGCACCGCCUUCCCUUUGGAUGCCGCGGGCACCCCCGGCAACUGCCCCUGGCCCCCUCUGCCCAUGCCGGGCGCCCCCGAGGAGCAGCUCCAGGCCACCCUGCUCCAGCUGCGAGAGACCCUCCUCCAGCAGAAGGAGACCAUCGGGCAGCAGCGCCAGGCCAUCCGGGAGCUGACCGCCAAGCUGGGCGGCUGCGAGGGCAAGGGCUGGCGGAAGGGCAAGGACGGCGAGGAGGACGCCGCCAUGGGGGACCUGCCCCGAGACCCCGCCAAGGUGGUCGACCAGCUCAGCCGCACCAUGCAGGCGCUCAAGGACCGCAUGGAGAGCCUCGAGCACCAGCUCCGCGCAAACAUCUCGUUCGCGGCCCUGCCGAACGACCUCCGAGAGAUGCUGCAAAGGAGGCUGGGAGACCUCGAGCGGCAGCUGAUGAGCAAAGUGGCCGAACUGGAGAGCGAGAAGACGCAGCUGCACAACGAGACCUCCACCCACCGGCAGAAGACCGAGGCCGCCCUCAACGCCUUGCUGGAACGGGUGGCCGAGCUCGAGCGAGGGACCAGCGCCUUCAAGGCCCCCGACGCGUUCAAGGUCUCCCUCCCGCUCCGCACCAACUACUUGUACGGGAAGGUCAAGAAGACGCUCCCGGAGCUCUACGCCUUCACGGUCUGCUUGUGGCUGAAGUCCGGCGCCUCUCCGGGGAUCGGGACGCCCUUCUCGUACGCCGUCCCCGGCCAGGCCAACGAGGUGGUCCUCAUCGAGUGGGGGAACAACCCCAUUGAGCUGCUCAUCAACGACAAGGUGGCCCAACUGCCGCUCUUCAUCAGCGAUGGGAAAUGGCACCACAUCUGCGUCACUUGGACGACGCGGGACGGGAUGUGGGAGGCCUUCCAGGAUGGAGAGAAGCUCGGCACCGGGGACAACUUAGCUCCUUGGCACCCCAUUAAGCCCGGAGGAGUCCUCAUUCUGGGCCAGGAGCAGGACACUGUCGGUGGGAGAUUUGAUGCCACGCAAGCCUUUGUCGGCGAGAUGAGCCAGUUCAAUAUCUGGGACAGAGUCUUAAAGCCCGAAGACAUCAUGAAUAUUGCGAACUGCUCCGCCAACAUGCCCGGCAACAUCAUCCCUUGGGUCGACAACAACGUGGACGUCUUUGGGGGCGCGGCCAAGUGGCCGUCGGAGACCUGCGAGGAGCGCCUGCUCGAUUUAUAGCCAUGACCAUUUCCCAUCCAAGUGCCCUGUUUUCAUUGAGACAAUCUCUCGUCAGAUCCGAGGCUCUUACGCCCCGGAUUAUUUCCUUAGGUUCCUUAAUACCGGCAAAAUCCCCAUGACGCUCGAAGAAGAUC